CCACGCCGGAUAAAUGUCUCGGCCCCAAUACCCCUCAAUCUCCGUUCUUGAUCGGAGGCGAUUCGGAGCACUAAAAAUCAAGAGGUUUUGGUUUCGUUUCUUUCGCUUGGUCUUCUGGUUUUUUCCAAGGUUGAGACGUAGAUUGGUAGGUUGAGAGGAGAAAUGGAUGAUAACUCGUCGAAUCGGCCGAUUAAGGCCGAGGUUUCCGGGAUCGAGAGCCGGAGCAAGGUGGUAGAUUCUCGGUCAACUGGUUGGACAGAUGAGAAGCACAAUCUUUAUCUUAGUUCUAUAGAAGCAUCAUUUGUUAAUCAGUUAUACAGAAGAAAGUACAAUUCAAAGGUUUUGCUUGGAUUGUUGUCAAGAACACAAAAACACAGAAAUCCAUGUGUGUCAAAUGCCAAUAGCUUGACAUCUGGUCAGUUUAAGGUCCUGCAGAGAGGCUGUUGGGAGAGCCUAAAAUUUGGGAGGGCUAAAAGAUGCAAAGACAUUGAGAAUGAAUCUUGCUCUUUGUCUUCAAAUCCAUGGAUCCAGCAUUUCAGAUCACCUUCCAUUGGCAAAGAGACACAUCUUACAUCAGACCAGGUGGAUGAUAGGGUCUUAGCCACACAAUCAAUUGAAGUAGCAACUCAGAGGCAUGGAAGAGAAGCGAUAAACAGAAAGCAGCUUUUAUCUUGCCCUCACAUAUGUCUUCAAGAUUCUGUGGGCAGCACUACAGAGGUAUCAGAUCAGAACUUUGUUGAUGAUGAGUUGGAACAAAGGGAGCAAUCAAGUACAACAUGCAGGAAAAAAAGGCCAAGGACAGCGGCUUCGGAUCAGCUGGUUAAUGAUCAAGUCGUUCCAUCUGGGAAAUCAUAUGCAACACCAAGUUCUGGUGAGAUUCGUGUUUGUCCAAAUGAAGGAAAUGCAGCAUGUAGCAGUAAAACAUCAGAAAUGACAAGCAGUUUUCUACCUGUGGAACCUGUGCCUCCAUCAUUUAAACACCAGGAAAUGAAAUGUCAGCUAAUGUGAGGCAGAAGCCAUCAUACAGGAGCAGUGCAGAUAAUUGAACAGGUUAAGCACUGCAUCGAAAUUUAAAGAUAGUCUCUUUCAGGAGACGAAGACGUGAAGAAUAGUUAUGAGUUCUCCAGAAAUUAUAAUUGUAGAUUUUAGGUUGCUGUUAUCUAACCGUUCCAAGUUCUCAAAAAAAAAAAAUGUUGUUGCUGUGAUUCAAAUAAUAUAUAUGUAAUUUGUUAAGGAAUGGUAGCUGAUGCUGGUGGUACGCCUAUCCCUUUCUGUUUCUUGUCAGAUGUCCAUAGGAUGUGUGGAUAUGUGUAUAAGAUUGGAGAUCUUGAGUAUUGAAAUCAUGAUGCUUUUUGUAGCUUUAUUGUAUGUUGUUUGCUGGUCUAGUGGAUGAAAUAUUCCUCAGUAUUAUAUUACAGCCUGCGGCUGACACCUGUCAUGAAUUGUUAUUUGCAAAAUAUGUAGAUGAUUAGAUGUUCUUUUAUAAUUGAAAUGAAAAGUUAGUUAAGACCA